AUGAGCCACACGCCUAUGGAUCUCGACUCUUCGUUAGACGAUCUUAUUAAGAAGAGAAAGUCAUCUGGUUCUGAUAGAAGCAGAUCCAGAAAGCACAGCAACAACAAAUCCAAGAAACAGCAGCAGCAACAUCAAAUGUCAUCUCGACCCGCUCUCCAAACCAGCAAGGCCAAAGUAUCCAAACCUACACCACCACGUAGCAAUUCUGGCAUCAACGCACGAUUAUCCACCUCCAGUGGAAACUCCCCUUCAGGCCCUCUAUUCACAGCCAAAAACACACCACCUGCAAAACGAACCACACCCAAAGCUGAUCCUUCUCAAAUUAUCAUUACAAAGGCUAUACCUACCUCAAAUGCUAUUUCAAACAGAAUUGGAAGUGGUGCUGGAAACGAUAAAAAGAUGAAAAGCGUCAUUGCUAGCCGUUUGGGAUCUCAGCCUAGACAACAACAACAACAGCAACCACAGAUACAAUCCCAAAUACUUCGUCCACUACCAGCAACACAACAACAACAGCUCUACAUGCCGUCUUCCAGCAUACAAUCUUCUAGAGAUCCCAUACAAAUCAGAGGGAUGUAUCAACCAGAGUAUGUCGAGCCAGGGCAAGGAAUCUCUAUUCGUGGCAGAUCAAACACAGCUACAGCAAGACCUGGCAUAUCCAUCAGAGGUGAAUCUGGACCUACGACCGUUUUGAUGACUGGACUCGAUGCCUAUGCUAAUAGUGAUGAUGUUAGGCUUGCUGUGGAAGAUUUCGGUAAUGUCUUGAGCUGUGAGGUAUUAAGGGAUCGUCAAGGUCGUUCUUUUGGAGAAGCUGAAAUCGAGUUUAGCUCAAAGGACGCAGCAUUGGACUGUAUUGCGGCACUGGAUAAUAAAUUGGCAGAUGGCCGCAUUUUGCGCAUCAUUUUAAGAGAACCAAAGAAACCACAAACUUAUGCUCAAAAGCAACUUCGAUCCAUGGUUCAACCUUCGUAUGCCGUGUCGGGCAAAAUGUAUUCAGAUCAGUUAACACCACGAUACGACAUUUAUCGUCAAUAG